AUGGACGAUGAACUAGAAUCACCAACCCUCAACAAAGAAGCUUCUGCACCUGCGAAAGAAAAGGCCACUGGUAGACUGAGUGGUUUGGGCAGGCCUGGGAGUGCGGCAAGUAUGAACAGACCUGCUGCCACACCGACACAAGGACAGGGGCAUCAGAAGAGUAGGAGUAGUCUGAGCCAACUGGGCCGAUUCACAAGGAGUACUGCCGCAAAAGCCACGGGUGGAACCCUGAAAAGUAGAAGCAGAAUAAACUCGUUGAUGACCGCGUGA